GUGACGUGACGUGAUACCUGCGCGCCGCUGUUGACAUCAGGCAGACCAUGUAUCACAUCAGCACCCAGAAGAAGCACUGGACGUUCUCCAGCGACAGCGAGCCGGUCCGGCUGAGGGCUCAGGCCAACGGCAGGUGGCGAGCGAAGAUCCGAGCCACGGGGAAGGCACAAUUAUCUGAGAUAUUCAGUUUGGAACCUCAUGAAGAAUUAAUUAUCUGCAAAUACUAUGAAAAGAGACUGCUUGACUUCUGUAAUGCCUUCAAACCUGCAAUGCCAAAAUCUGUUCUGGGAACAGCAUGUAUGUACUUCAAACGCUUCUAUCUCAAUAAUUCGGUCAUGGAGCAUCACCCACGCAUAAUAAUGCUGACCUGUAUGUUCUUGGCUUGCAAAGUGGACGAAUUCAAUGUAUCCAGCGCUCAGUUUGUUGCCAACUUAGGGGAGAGUCCAGUGGGACAGGAGAAGAUUCUUGAACAGAUUCUGGAAUAUGAACUCCUCCUGAUACAACAGCUGAAUUUCCACCUCAUAGUGCACAACCCAUAUAGACCCUUCGAAGGAUUUUUAAUUGAUCUAAAGACACGUUAUCCUGUGUUGGAGAAUCCAGAGGUGCUGAGAAAAACAGCUGAUGACUUUUUGCACAGAGUUGCACUGACCGAUGCAUGUUUACUGUUCCCACCGUCAUUAAUAGCCCUCACAGCAAUCUUAUCUAGUGCCUCAAGAGCAGGACUUAAUGUUGAAAGUUAUUUAACAGAAUGUCUUUCCCUAAAGGACGAUCGACAAACCAUGGCCAAUCUACUAGAUGAAAUGAGAAGAUUAAAAUUGUUGGUAUCAAAAUAUGAAUAUGCCCGACCGGAAGAUGUUGUUGCCUUAAAGAAGAAAUUGGAGAAAUGUCAUAGUAAUGAAGUAGCUUUGAAUGUGAAUGUAAGGAAGAGAAAAGGCUAUGAAGAGGAUAACUAUAUAUCAAAGAGGUCCAAGACCGAAGAGGAAGAAUGGAGUGAUGAUGACCUGGUGGAUUGUCUAUGAGCCAUGGAAGCCUUGGAAUUGUAGGCACAACACUUGUGUAUGUGUUCUCAAUCCGAGGGCUUUAACAUUCUAUGUGCAUACAUUUAAGCCAGAUAUUUAUAUUGUUACAAU